UCUGCCCUGAUUGGGUGCUGGGCUUGCUUGGCCUUAUAAUCUCAGGAUCGUAGGCUGGCCCGGCUGGGCGGUAACUCAAGGCGGAGUCCGCGGUCGGAGGGUGUGAGUGCACAGCCCGGGAUUGCUGGCAGGCUGGGGCCACAGCCUAGGGGCGGCACGGUUUCGGCUUGCAACCAAGCUGAGAGGAGAGGCGCCCCCAGGGACGCACUGAGAGUAUGAGGCUCUGGCCUCCGCUGGCCACUCACUCGUGACCCUUCCACCACGGCGGAGCCUUCCAAGCCAACCUCCUGCCGUGUGGUGAUCUACCUGCAGCGGGAGAUGUCGGGGGAUACCUGUCUGUGCCCAGCCUCAGGGGCCAAACCCAAGCUGAGUGGCUUCAAGGGAGGAAGCCUGGGCAACAAAUACGUGCAGCUCAAUGUGGGCGGUUCCCUGUACUACACCACCGUGCGGGCGCUAACCAGGCACGACACCAUGCUGAAGGCCAUGUUCAGUGGACGCAUGGAGGUGCUGACUGACAAAGAAGGCUGGAUCCUCAUAGAUCGAUGUGGAAAGCACUUUGGCACCAUUUUGAAUUACCUCCGCGAUGACACCAUCAUCCUCCCUCAAAACCGGCAAGAAAUCAAGGAAUUGAUGGCUGAAGCGAAAUAUUACCUCAUUCAGGGGCUGGUGAACAUGUGCCAGACCGCCCUGCAGGACAAGAAGGAUUCCUACCAGCCUGUGUGCAACAUCCCUGUCAUCACAUCCCUGAAGGAGGAGGAGAGGCUCAUCGAAGCUUCCACCAAGCCCGUGGUGAAGCUGCUAUACAAUAGAAGCAACAACAAGUAUUCCUACACCAGCAACUCCGAUGACCACCUACUGAAAAACAUCGAACUGUUUGACAAGCUCUCCCUGCGCUUCAAUGGCCGCGUGCUCUUCAUCAAGGACGUCAUCGGCGAUGAGAUCUGCUGCUGGUCCUUCUAUGGGCAGGGCCGUAAGCUGGCAGAGGUGUGCUGCACCUCCAUUGUGUAUGCCACGGAGAAGAAGCAGACUAAGGUGGAAUUCCCGGAGGCCCGAAUCUAUGAGGAGACACUCAAUGUCCUCCUCUACGAGACCCCCCGAGUCCCUGACAACUCCCUGUUGGAGGCCACCAGCCGUAGCCGCAGCCAGGCUUCCCCCAGUGAAGACGAGGAGACCUUGGACCUGCGUGACCGUGUCCGCCGCAUCCAUGUCAAGCGCUACAGCACUUACGAUGACCGGCAGCUCGGCCACCAGUCUGCCCAUCGCGACUGACAAGACCCUCAGGGAGUCAGGGCACAGGACACCCUGUCUCCCCUCCUGUGGAACCCCACCCCAUGGGCCACCCCACGCUGCUGCUGGCUGGGUCUCUGCUCCAACACCCAGAGGCAUGGCAGGCCUUGCCUGGGAGGUCAGAGGGCCUGAGCAGGGGAGGGACCACAUUCCUUUGCCUGGCUCCCUGAGCACGUCAAGAUGACUGAAUCCUGGCUCCUUUGCUCCGCGUCUCCCUGCCUGCCUGACAGGGAGCAUUGUGCCCCCGGGGUGAGUGGACCGACCGGCCCACCUCCUGCUAAGAACAUUCCCCUUGGCCCUCUGCUCUGCUGAAGGGCUACUUUUAGGCCUCAGUGGAGGCCCAUGGAGAAUGGGUUCAUUCUGUGGAGGUGGCUGCCGGUGCUAUGGAGGUGCAGUUUCUUAGAGGGUGGGGCUCCUUUCGUUCCUAAGGUGUUUAAGCACAGGCUUAGUGAGUUUGUUUUAAAUAAUCUAGGAAACGAAUAGUUAUAGGUCUAAUGAGAAGACUGGGUAUUCCUGCUAUCCCUCCAGGGUGCCAACAACCUGGGUCAGGCAGAACCCCGGGCCCUUCUCGAUGCCUUUGGGAUCUAUUUCUUUAAAGCACUUUGUACUUUUGUUCAGGAGAUUUGUAUUCCCUGACCCACGUUGUCUUUUUCUGAUCCUAAUAACCCCCUCUUCCCUGCAGAAUCAAUCUGAGGGAGGGGAUGAAAGA